AGCAGCACUACGUUGCUUAUUCUGGGCCGUGCAUUGUCAGUUCCUCUUUGCUUCGCCAAGAAAUCUCCGAAACUAGCUUCACUUGUUCGAUCCCCGAGUUUUUUGUUUGGAGAGUUCGCUGUUCUUCCCACAUUACCCCAGCCUGGAUCCACAGCAGUUUUUCUGCCUGGUUCAUGUAGCGUUUUCCUUCCUUGGCUGUACUCUGCUUGGCCAUCGAGUUUGCUCUCUUCAGACUCGGACGUCACAGAAAGCUGCAGCUCUCGCAAGCGUUGGAUAUCCGUAAAAAUCUCGUUCCAUUUGAAGCACGCGGGAAAGAUUCCAUCUUUGCGGCCUCCCAAACUCAAAGCUCGGAUACACACGCAAAUUAAGCUUCUAGAACCUUCCACGCAUCGCGUCCUCUUAAUCUUCGAUGGAGAGCUCCACCGUUAGCAUCUUUUCCUCGCCGCCGCAGGCGGCGCCGGCCGACGCCUUGAGCCUUGGCCUCCUAAGCGCCCACCUCGAGCGUCUCCUAUACCCCGCGUUCCUCGACCGCGCCGACGCAGAGAUCGUCCUCGCCGCCGGAGGCGGCGCCGUCGUCGGCGCAUACAGCUGCUUCCUCGCCGCCAGGAGCUCCUUCUUCCAUCAGCGCAUCUCCUCUCUCCCCGCCGGCGAGAAGCCGCGGCUGGAGCUCGCCGAGUUAUUCCCCGGUGGCCGCCACAUCGGCCGCGAGGCGCUCGUGGCGGUUCUUGGGUACAUGUACACUGGCCGCUUCAAGGUGCCGCCGCAGGGGUGCGUCUGCGUGGACGAAGAGUGCGGGCACGGGGCGUGCCGGCCGGCGAUAGACUUCGUCGUCGAGUCCACGUACGCGGCCUUCGGCUUCCAAAUCACAGAGCUUGUCUCGAUCUGUCAGCGACGCCUAUCUGACUUUCUUAACAUGGCUUUCGAUGAGGAUAUAAUACCAAUUAUGCAUGUUGCUUCCAAAUGCCAGCUUUCGAACUUGUUCGAUCAGUGUAUUCGAAAGGUUGCAAACUCGACUCUGGACAACAAGUACCUCGAGAGGGUGCUUCCGGGUGAUGUCUACUGCAACUUAAAGGAACUCCGCCAGUACUUAUUUCUUGAUGAAUUAGAAAAUUUGAUUCGGGGCCCUGAGCAUGACAACAUGGUUAGAAGGAUUCACAAGGCCCUGGAUUCUAAUGCUGUUGACAUUGUUGGCAGGCUCUUAAAGGAGUCUGCAGUCACCUUGGAUCAUGCAUUUGCCAUACACUAUGCUGCAGCCUUCUGUGAGCCCAAAGUCUUGGCAGAAUUGCUGAAACUGGACUCCGCUAACGUGAAUCUGAGGAAUAAGGGUGGAUAUACACCACUCCAUAUGGCUUGCAUAAGGCUAGAUCCAGCUAUCAUUCUUUCGCUCGUAGAGAAGGGAGCCUCUGUGCUGGAAUGGACACCGGAUCGACGUGAUGCUCUUACUAUCUGCAAGAGAUUAACAAGACAGAAAGAUAUCAACAGAGAGUUGAAGACAUGUCAGGAAAGAAGCAAUGCUCACUUGUGUAUCGACAUCUUGGAGCAAACCAAGAGGACCGUCACCUUGGACGUGGUCUCUGCAGAGGAGACAAUUUUCACACCUGUGCGGGUUGAUGAUUUUCACAUAAGGCUCGCAGAUCUGGAAAUAAGAGUUGCCUCUGCAAAACUAUUCUUCCCUUCUGAAGCCCAGCUAGCCAUGCGCAUAGCAGAAGCCGAUUCAACCGAGGAGUAUGAUGUCACUAAACCGAAGGAGGUUGGUUUAGAUGAGACCCCCACAAUGCACAGGAGGUUGUGUGAACGCCUUGAUGCAUUAACAAAGACAGUGGAUCUAGGGAGACGGUACUUCCCAAAUUGUUCUGAUGUUCUUGAUAAGUUCCUCGACGAAAAAUCAGCAGAUUUGGCCUUACUUGGAAGUGGCACACGAGAGGACCAGCUAAUCAAGAUGCAUUUUUAUGAUCUCAGAAAGAAUAUGUGGAAGGCCUUCGACAAAGAUAAGGCCGCUAGCGCAGUCAUAGCUUCAACAACAUCCACACCUUCAUCUCCAAGAUUGGAAAUGUUGACUCCGGGUACUAGCCCCUCCCAUGCUGCGGGUGCUGCUGAUUUUACUGAUGCACUGGCACUGCCCUCUGGCCCCUCUAGCCAAGUUCUCAAUGGUGGCACGACCUCCGGUCAACUAGAAUCACAAGGUACUAAUGUUGUGGUACAUGACAGUGUUGGUGUUGGAUCUAAAAGAAAGCUGAGAUCUUCAGUCUGGGAUGAAUUUAGAAGGGUUAAAAUAGGAGAUGAUUGGAAAGCUAAAUGCAUGUGGUGUCGUAAACUGCUUUCAGCAUGCACAAAAAAUGGGACCAGACACUUGCAUAACCACCUCAAGAUCUGUCGGUCUAGGCAGGCAACAAAAGGCCUAAAACAGUCCACAUGACAGCACGGUUACUUUGGAGAAAUAUGUUUUUGAUGAAGAGGUUGCUAGGAAAGAACUUGCACUAAUGAUAUGCAUCCAUGAGUACCCAUUAUCUAUGGUUGAUCAUGCUAGCUUUCACAAAUUUUGUGCUGCAAUGCAACCAAUGUUUAAAGUAGUUUCUAGAAACACAAUUAUAAAAGAUAUUUUGGAUAUGUAUGAAGCGCAAAAGCAUUCGAUGGUGAAGUACUUCCAACAAUGCCAAGCCCGUAUUGCUGUCACUAUGAAUAUGUGGACAACGGAUCAUCAAAAGAAAAACUAUAUGGCAGUCACAGCACAUUACAUUGAUGAUCAUUGGAAGCUGAAAAGUUACCUUUUAAGUUUCAUUUACGUGCCAGCCCCACAUACCGAUGAAGUUAUAAGUGAUGUUCUUCAUGAGGUUAUCAUGGAUUGGCACAUCGAGAGAAAACUGUCAACUGUGACUCUUGACAAUUGCACCACCAGUGAUGAUCUAAUGGAGAAAAUGCUAAAUAAGUUGCCUCUUGACUCUCUUACGUUGGAUGGUUCAUUGUUGCAUAUGCGUUAUGCUGCACAGAUAGUGAAUCUUAUUGUGAAAGAUGGAAUGAGUGUUAUAGAGAAGGGCAUUGAGAGGGUCCAUGAAAGUGUUGCAUUUUGGGUGGCCACACAAAAAAGAUAUGAAAUUUUUGAAAAAGUAGCAUCCCAAAUGAACAUUGAAUACCAUAAAAGAAUUACUCUUGACUGUAAAACUACAUGAAAUUCCACUUAUAUCAUGCUGAGCAUUGCAUUGGACUACCAAGAAGUCUUUGACUGUCUCGCACAUCGUGAAAAGUUGUUUACUCCUAGUUGCCCAACUAGUGUUGAUUGGAAGUUUGCCAGGGAGAUUUGUGAUAGAUUGAAGAUGUUCUUUGAUUUAACUGAGCUACUGUCACGCACUACUUAUGUGACAGCUAACAUUUUCUUUCCCAAAAUAUGUGGUAUUUAUUUGGCUAUGAGAAAAUGGUCAGCUAGCGAAGAUCCCAUGAUAGAAAAUAUGUCAAAAUUGAUGAAACAAAAAUUUGAGAAAUAUUGGAGCGAUGUACAUGGUCUCAUGGUUGUUGCUACUAUUUUAGAUCCUCAGUAUAAACUUCAUUUGUUGAAUGCCCUUUUAGUAAUAUUUAUGGAAAAGAAGGUGUGGCUAAGAAAGUUGCAGAAGUUAGAAAGUUAUUGUACAAUUUGGUGUUACAAUACCAAGAUAAUAUGGAGGGUGUUACAGCAACAGAUGAUGCUCCUAGUAGUAGUGAUGGCCUGGAUCAAGGAGAUGAUGAAUUCUUUGACCUAUUUGAUCGAUACAUGUCUUCGCAACCAGUUGUGUCCUUUUCUUAUGUGCGCACAAAGUUAGAUUUGUACUUGGACCAGCCAACACUGCCUAGAACACAAGAGCUAGACAUCAUUCAUUGGUGGCAGAUUGAAGGAAUCAAGUAUCCUACUUUGCAAAAGAUUGCUCGGGAUAUCAUGGCAAUUUCUGUGACAACAAUAGCAUCUGAGUCAGCCUCUAGUAUUGGUGGGAGGAUAAUUAGUCCACAUCAUAGUAGACUUGUACCAAAAAUAGUAGAAGCACUUAUGUGUAUGCAAGCUUGGUCUGAUGCUGAUAUGUAAGGAGGAUGUUGUGUCCAUGAUGAUUGAUUGAUGAUUGGCUUAUUGCAUUUGGAUGGCAUGGCUGAAAUGUUGGGUGGGCGUUGCACAGCCUACUCUAGAUGCAUAAGUGCUUUAUUUAUUAGGUCAAGAACUCAAAAUUUGUAACAAUAUGCUUUGUACUGUUAGAGUAUAUUGAUAUAUCUAUGUAUUUGGUAGUUUAUGAUUUAUAAUCUUGUGAUCCAUGCCUUAUCUUUAGGUGAGGAUUCUUGCCCUCUAAACCUUGUACUCUAUAUAAUCCGUCAUUGGCUCAUGCAAUACAUCCAUUGCAUUACGUCAAUCUCUCUUGUUUACAUGGUAUAAGAGUAGGUUUCUCCCAGCACAGGCUUUCGCCGCACCGCCCCUGAGGAG